GAAACUUCUAAUACAAUUAAUUUGGAAGAAACUACCUUAUUAAAUGAAGAUAAUACUUAUUUAUCUCUUGAAUCAGAUGCUUUAGCUUUAGCUCUGUUUUCUGCAUCUUCUCUGUCCUCUAAACCAAAAAUUAAAAAACAAAAAAAUGUUUUAAAUGAUAGUGAUAAAGA